AUGUUCGCUGCUGAUUUAGGGGGAUCAAAAGACCAACAAGGGCAAUCUCGUCCUCAGGAAGCUGCUGCUUCUUCUUCUUCUUCUUCGCAGCAGGCAUGGUACUCGUCAAGCUCAUCACGGCCUCAAACAUCAGGUCAGAUUCCGGCACAUGUUUCACCGGGCGAAGCAGCCGGUAUUAUCGCCUUCUUGAAAGACAAAAGCGUGGACGAGCUCAGGAAGCUUCUGUCUGACAAAGAUGCGUAUCAGCAAUUUCUGCUCUCACUCGACCAAGUCAAAAUCCAAAACAAUAUCAAAGAUGAGCUCCGAAGAGAAACAUUGCAGCUAGCUAGAGAGAACUUAGACAAGGAGCCACAGAUAAUGGAGCUCAGAAAUCAAUGCAGAAUUAUCCGUACAACUGAGCUAGCAACUGCGCAAGAAAAGCUCAAUGAGCUUGAGAGGCAAAAAGAAGAGAUCCUCAAAUUCUACUCCCCUGGUUUUCUUCAUCAUAGACUUCAAGAGGCUAUGAAGGAGGUGGAUGAAGAAUCCGAAGCCCUGCAAGACAAGUUUCUAGAGAAGGAGAUUGAUACAGCCGCAUUUGUGCAGAAGUACAAGAAGCUGCGUACUACGUAUCAUCGACGAGCACUGAUUCAUCUUGCUGCUAGAACCUCAACCAUCGGUUGA